ACACAUUUACUUUACUUUAUUAAUGUCCCUUAAAGGGCGAUUUGGUGCAUGAGAAUAAGCAGCCUGAUAAAUGCAGAUAAAUGAUAAAUGCAGAAUAGCAUCAAUAUAGUAAUUUUUAUCUUUAUUAGACAGUUAUGAAUAUACACAAAUUUUAUUUAAUCUAAUCCAAGUUCCCUCUCUCCCUCUGUCUCCAACAGUUACACUUUCCCUCAAACCCUCUCCAGCCAGGACCAAUGUACUUCCUGACCCCACGGAAAUGUGGCCUAUUUGGUGUUUCCUGUGAAGGGCUGCAGAAACAGGUGAAUUACCUGAUUGAUGAAGGCAUGUCAUCUACUAAGGGAAGCAAUGAAGUCAUCAGCUACAUGCAUCAUUUCUUCGGCAACUUUGGAGUUGGAGAAACAGAGGUGGAUCUUCAUUGUGACAACUGUAGUGGGCAGAGCAAGAACAACUUCAUGCUCUGGUACCUUGCCUGGCGGGUUGGACCCAAGCUUCACGAUAAAAUUGAAAUCCACUUCCUUAUUGCUGGCCACACCAAGUUUUCCCCUGACUGUGGCUUUGGACUCAUCAAGCAAGCCUACAUGAAGACAAGAGUCAACACUUUGGCAGACAUCGCUGAGGUUGUGGAAAACAGCUCUCCUGUGAGUCACCUCAAUAUCCCACAGCUUGUUGGAACGGCAGAGGGCAAAGUUUUAGUCCAGACCUUCGACUGGCAGCAGCAUCUGACUCACCACUUCCGUAGACUCCCACAGAUCAAGAGUUAUCAGCACUUCAGCUUUGAUGCCAAGAGACCAGGUGUGGUGCUUGCAAAAACUCACUGUGAUGCACAACCUGUCGAAUAUCAGCUACUGCGCGACGGAGCAGAUCUGCCCUCUAUCGACGGUCUUUCUGUCCUGGCCCCACCUGGACUGAACAUUGACAGGCAGACCUAUCUGUAUGAAAAAAUCAGGCCAUUCUGUGCUGACGAGGCAAGAUACAUCACAUGCCCAGCGCCAAGGGUCACAACACAGAAGAGACCGCAAAUGUAA